GCGUCUGAUGCACAGCGCACUGCGCACGCGCAGAUGACAGAGACAGGCAAGAUGGCGACGAGUAACGGCGGUGGAAUGGAGGUGGACCAGACUGUGAGCCCCAGUGUGAUGGCUGCAGGUGUCACAGGAAGUGUGUCAGUGGCGUUACAUCCUCUGGUUAUACUCAAUAUCUCUGAUCACUGGAUCCGAAUCCGCUCGCAGGAGGGACGCGCCGUUCAGGUUGUUGGCGCUCUGAUUGGACAGCAGGAGGGAAGAAACAUUGAGGUGAUGAAUUCCUUUGAGCUUCUGUUUCACACAGUAGAAGGUCAAAUUCACAUCGAUAAAGAGUAUUACUACAUUAAAGAAGAGCAAUUCAAGCAGGUUUUUAAGGACAUGGAGUUUCUGGGCUGGUACACGACUGGCGGCGCUCCUGACCAAUCAGAUAUCCACAUUCAUAAGCAGGUGUGUGAGAUUAUCGAGAGUCCACUGUUCCUGAAACUCAACCCCAUGACCAAACACACAGACUUACCGGUCAGCGUGUUCGAGUCUGUGAUCGACAUCAUCAAUGGAGAGGCGACCAUGCUGUUUGCUGAGUUGCCGUAUACGUUAGCGACAGAAGAGGCUGAACGCAUUGGAGUCGAUCAUGUUGCGCGAAUGACGACGACUGGGUCAGGAGAGAACUCCACAGUGGCGGAGCAUCUGAUCGCUCAACACAGUGCUAUAAAGAUGCUACACAGCCGGGUGAAGGUCAUUCUGGAAUAUGUGAAAGCUGUUCAAGCUGGUGAAGUUCCGUUUAAUCAUGAGAUCCUGCGGGAGGCCAACGCUUUGUGUCACCGCCUUCCUGUUCUCAACACUCUCAAGUUUAAGACGGACUUUUAUGAUCAAUGUAAUGACGUGGGUCUCAUGGCGUAUUUAGGCAACAUCACCAAAACCUGCAACAGCAUGAAUCAAUUCAUCAACAAAUUCAACGUUCUGUACGACCGGCAGGGCAUCGGCCGACGCAUGAGGGGACUUUUCUUCUGACAUGUUUCAGUGUUCUGCUGCGUGUUUUCUCAGUCUUGUGAUCGCGUUCUGAUUUUUGCCUUUUCUGUUGUAAAUGAACUUCUCACACCAUUAAAUGGACUUUUUGUGA